AAAAAUGCAAUGGAAGCAAGAUACAGUGAUCCAUAUGAACAACAGCUGCUAGCUGUAUUUGAAAGUUGUUUAGAAAAAAAUGCAAAAAAGCUAGAUGAAAAUGGAUUAAAAUUAUUGUGUGAAAAACUUGAACUUGAUGAUAAAUUAGAUGAAUUAAAAUUAAAUUUAUUAAAUAAUAAUUCAUCAAUAACAUUUACAGAUUUUCGUAAUUGUUUAUUAAGUAUAUUAACAACAACGGCAGCAACAACAACAACAUCAUCACCAUCAUCAUCAUUGUCAUUAUCAUCAACAUCAAAACCAACAACAAUGUCAAAACAAAUGAUUGAAGAAUUAUUUGAAAAGCUAGACACAGAUUGUGAUGGUUUUAUAAAUUUAGAUGAAUUUUUAAAACUAUUUGAUGUUAAUAAUAAAACAAUAAAUGAACAGCUAUUAUUAUCAUCAUCAACAACAAAUGAUUGGUAUGAUAAAAGUUUAAAUAAUGAUAAAAAUAUAAUAACAAUAAUGGGACCUGAACAAAAUGGAUUAAUGAGAAAUAAUAGUGUUAUUAAUUUAUGGAAAUUAGCUGGUGUUAAUAAACCAUCAGAAUUAUUGCAUGAUUUAGGAUUUACAAAUACAAUAAUAAAUCUUGAUGAUUUAAUAAAUGUACUAAAUGAUGAAUUAAAAUUAUUAAAAAAUGAACAAAUAAAUGAACCAAUACAAACACAUGUUAAUCUUCUUAAAAGUGCCUUAAUACUUUAUCAAGAAGAAUUACGUACAAUAACAAUAAUUAUUGAACAAUUAACAUGUGAAAGAGAUAAAUUACGUAUUGAUAUUAUUGAAGCAAAUGAUAGAUCAAAUUUUUUAGCUCAUGAAAUUGAUGAUAAUCAUAUUAAAAUUGAACAAACAAAACAAGAACAAAUUAAACAAUUAGAAAUUAAACAUAAUGAAUUAAUGAAAAAUAUUGAACAACAAUAUAACAAUGAACGUGAACAAUAUAAUACACAUAUUAAAACAUUACAAGAACAAAUUAAAACAAUUCAAAAUGAUGAACAAUUAAUACGUAAUAAAUUAGCUGAAACAAUAAUUGAUAAUCAUAAAAUUGAAAUUGAUAUUCAAUCAUAUAUUGAACAAAUAUCAAAGCUAAAAAAUUCAAAUAAUCAAUUAUUAUUACAAGUACAAGUAUUAACUGCUGAACAUGAUGAAGCAAUUGAAAAUGAUGAUAAUGAUAAUGAAAAAAUGAUUGAAUUAAUUGAACGUAUUAAAUUAUUAAAUGAUGAAAUAACAUUAUUGCGAGAUCAAAAUGAUGAAUUAACAUCUGAGCUAGAAUUAAUGAAAAAUAAAUUAAAUAAUAAUAUAACAACAACAGCAACAACAACAACAAUUGAUAUUGAUGAUUAUAUUAAAUCACAAUCAUUUGAUAAUAUUGAUAAACAAAUAAUAAUAUCAUCAACAAAUGAAAAUAAUACAAAUUAUGAUGAUAAUAAUUUAAACAUUAUAACAACAAUAAUAAAUGAUUUAAAUAAUAUAUUAAAUAAUUAUGAAUCAUUAAUAAUUGAUUGUAAUUAUCGUUAUAAAAUAAAUAAUAUUAUUGAUAAAUUAAAUAUAUUUUUAAAUAAUGAUAAUAAUAAAAUUAAAAAAAUUAACAAAAAUGAUAAUGAUUAUGAAGAACGUACAAGUGAAUCAUUGAGAGAUUUAGUAUUAUGUAAAACCGAUAAAACAAAAUUAAUUAAUAAUAAAAGAAUAUCAACAAGUGAUGAUAUGAUUUAUAAUUUUAAUAAUUUUGAUAAUAAAAAUAAUAAAUUUAAAUGUUUACGUGAUUAUCCACCAAAAAAAGAUAAUGGUAAUAAUUCAUCAAAUAUAAAAAAAUCAACAGAUGAUGAUGGUGAUAAUAAAAAUAUUCAUUUAAAUGAUACAUCAAGUAUUAAUAUUGAUGCUGAUGAUACUGAUAAUAAGGAUGAUAUUAUUAAAGAUAGAGAUCGUUUAAAAUUAUUAUUAAAAGAACAAGAAAAUAAAUAUUCACUUGAAAAAAAAUUACUACAAGAACAAUGUCAAGAAUUAGAAACAAGUUUAAAUUCAUUAAGAACAGAAUAUUAUCGUCUUGAAGAUUAUUGGACAGAUAAACUAGAUGAAGAACGUAAAUUAUUUGAUAAAGAACAAAAAUUAAGUGAUGCACAUUUUGCUGAGCUAAUGUCAAAAAUAUCUGAGUAUGAAGAAUUCGAAACAAAUUCUGGUGAUAAAAUUAAAAAUGACGGUAGACUAUCACCAAUUGAUGAAAAUAUAAAUCUUGAACAACAAUAUAAUGAUUUACAAGCUGAAUAUGAUUUAUAUAAAAAUAAUCAUGAAUUAUUAUUAAUUGAAAAAAAUAAUAUUAUUGCAAAAUAUAUUAUAAAAAAAAAAUAUGACACAGACAAUGAUUAUUGUUUAUUAUUAAAAAAAAAAGAUAAAUUAAUAGCUGAUAUUAUUGAAUUAAAAAAAACCUAUAAAAAUAAUAAUAACAUUGAAGAAUUAAAAUUAAAAAUAUAUAGUUUAGAAAAGAAAAAAAAAAAUUUACAAAUUUGUUUAAAACAACAUAAACAACAUUCAAAUAAUAUAUUUGAUAAAAUAUAUAAACAACAUAAUGAUGAAGUUAAUGAUUUACAAUUAUCAUUAAAUAAUAUACAAUUAAAUUUACAAAAACAAUUAUCAUUAAAUACAAUACAAUUAGAUAAAUUAACAAAAUCUGAUAUGUUAAUUAAAGAAUUAUUUAUUGAAAAUUCAUAUUUAAAAUCUAAAAUUGAUAAACUUGAUAAAAAAAUACAUUUAUUAACUAAUUUUAAUGAUGAAUCAACGUCUGUAUGA